AUGGCCCCCUCAGUCAUGGAUGUAGAUAGCUCUGGUCGGCUCGAGGCCGCUCGUGCUCUCCAAGCUAAACUCGAAGCCGCGAAGUUGAACAUCGUCGAAGACCAGUCUCGCUUCGACGUGUUGCAGAGUGCGCUCGCGAAGGAUCCCGGACUGGUGUCUGAAGGCGUGGCGGGUACGACCGACCCCGCCAUAGUCGCGGCCGAGGUCGCCUCUCAGAUCGCCUUCCUCCGUAACCUCAAGUUCCAGUACUUGGAGCAGAAGGCGAAGGACCAGUAUGUGAAGACGAUCGUCAGCGACGAGGCCCCCAACACCAGUGCGGACGACAACGAGCUGCUGAGGAUAGACAACGAGAAGAAGAAGGAAGCCCUCGCCGCGGCGAAGGCGGCCCUCGGGGAGAAGUAUAGCGAUAUCCGCACCCUCGCGCCACUCGUCGAGCAAGACUUGAACAAGGCGCGCGCGCUCGCGCAGGAGGCCACCGCGCUGACGAGCAAGAUCCUCGACGCGCGGCUCGCACUCACCCGCCUGCGGCAGGCGCAUCCGCACCCGCGGCUGACGAUCCCGGCCGCGAACGCGCAGCUCGACGCGCAGGUGGAGGAGAUGCAGGCGCUCGACGACGAGCUCCAGCGGGUGAACGGCGAGGUCGACGCCGUGAAGGAGCGCGUCAAGCACGGCGCACGCGAUGUCGAGCGGCUCCGCGUCGAGCGUGCCGAGCUCGAGAAGACGGUCAGCGCGGGCCAGAGGGAGGUCCAGGACGGGCGGGUGGUCGGGUUGUAUGAUUGGUGCGUGUGUGUUUCCGAGUGUUGGCGUCGUCCUCCAGUUGGAGUUGGGUCGCACGAAGGGAGAAGUGCUGACGCCACGGUUGCGGACAGGUAUACGGCUGCUUUGAGGCUCCAUCGGUCGUUGAUGUCGCUCGAGGAGACGCAUGCGGAGUCGGAAAACGAGCUGCACCUCACGUACGGCGUCGUCCCUCAAGAGGGAGGAGAGCGGCGGCGGAUUGCCGUUAAGCUGCUCUUCGUGCCCAACACUCGCCAACUGGCGGACGCGCAGGUCGAAGGAUUGUCGGAAGACGCGGGAGACGUAGUUGGCGCACACAUACAGGCCAACGAUGUCCCUGGGCUCAUCGCGGCUUUGCUUGCAAGGGCUCGUGCAGGUGCUUGA